AAGGCCAGCAAGGAUUUAACAACAGCACGGAAUGCAGGCAGCGAUUGCCAGGGGUUUAGGAAAGAUAAUUUAUUUGCAGGGCAGUUAUUGGCCCUUUCCAAGAGGGAUCUCAGCCUGCGAGAGGCUUUGGCGGCAGGAGGAGAAGCCAGGGCUGUGCUAGAAAGAAAUACUUUUCCUGAAAUUGCCACUUUUUUGCGGUUUUGCUACCUGUCUGCACAUACGUAAAACCAAACUGCCGUUCAUACCUCAUUUUAAGGUUUUUUUUUUUCGUUCCUAAACAGCUCCCGGAGCUGCAGCGCCUUGGGGCGAGCGUGUGUUGCACCCGCUUGACUUUGUGGGACAAAUUUUUGCAUUUUAGGAGGGCUUAUUUUAUUUUAUUUUAUUUUAUUUUAUUUUUGUUUUAUUAAACAGGGUUUCUCUAGGGCCUGGCCGCGGGGAUACGAAGGGCCAUGGGGUGGGCGUAUGAACCCAGUGUUUUCCCUUGGGGAAGUGGGGUGCGGGUUUUUUUUCUGCGUGUUUGCGUGUGGGGGAGCUCAUUUUGGCGCCGGCGGGAAGGGUGAGGAGGGGGCGGGGGGAGCAGCGGCGCGCGGAGGUUGACUCGGUUGCGUCCGCCACGGGGCUAUAUAAGGAGCCGCCGGGGGGCGCUGUCUCGCAGUCAGCGGCCGGCGGCGGAGGGAGCAGGAGCGGAGCAGGAGCGUAGCGGCGAGGCCCCGAGCCUCGAAGCCGUCGCGCCCCGCCAUGUCGGGUGAGCAAGUAGGAGAGCCGCAGCCGUCCACGUCGAGGGCGGGGAUGUCGCUGCCGCAGAAGCGCGGGUGGCCGUCGUUGUCGGAUCUCAUUCUCACCGCCGUUUGCUCGUGCACGGCCCGUAAAGGCGCUUCGUUCGCUUUCAUUAAGAAGACGCUCGCCACCGAGGGUUACGACGUGGUGCGGAACGGUGGUCGUUUGAAGGCGGCGGUUGGUGCUCUGCUCAGCAAAGGGCUUUUGCGGCGGGUGACGGGCAGCGGCCUCGCCGGUUCGUUUCGCCUCGGCCGUGUCGGUAAGGAGCGACUGGAAGGAACCGGGAGGCGCGGGAGGGCGGUCGGUGAAGCCCGUAGGCGCCCCGCCGGGAAGACGAAGGGGCCGAGGCGCGCUGUUAAAGCCGCCGCGCAGCGCUUGAAGAUGAGACCGCGGGGAAAGGCGAAGGCGGCGGCAGCAGCAGCAGAGGAGGAUGAGGAGGAGGAGGCGGCGGCGGCGGCGGCGGCGGCUGGAGGCGUGGAGGAAGUCGGGGGUCCUGCGCCGGCUGAGGGCGAGUCUUAAGAGCGCGGUGGAUGGAGCGAUAAACGUUGAACCCAAAGGCUCUUUUAAGAGCCACCCCAGGGGGUUCAGCAAAGGAGCUGGUCACGGGGCGGGGGAGCGAGA